CGCUUAUUGUAUUUAUCAUUUCUUUCGCCUCGCUAUUAGACAAAGCCGACAUAUGGCAGUGAAAAAAUAAACGAUAUUAUUGUCGUUUUUUUUUUUGAAAAUUGACAAAUUGAACAGAUUGUAUUUUCAAUCCUAUUAAUAAAAUGCCGGAGGCGUCGAUUUUGCGAGUUUAGUAUCACACGCGAUGACGCAACAUCGUCCGAUCUGUAGGCGCGCUUGGAUUGGCCACAUGAUGAUCAUACGAUCGUUUAUAAUUUUUAGUAUUGCGUUUGACAUAUCGGUGUUGUGCUCGAACGAGCUAUCUAUUGUUCUUGGAUUUAUUCGAUGUGAGACAAAAUAUUUAAAAAUCUGACAUCGCAGGGUACAAUGGCAGACCCAGGCGGAUGGACGCCGGCCCAAGACAAUGAUUUCUCCAAUUUUCAAUCGAAUGACAGCUUCAAUUUGAAUGAAGUCACUGGCAUCGAUGAUCUUUUAACAAAUUGCGAGAAUGAGUUAUUGAAAAAUGAGCUUUUCAGUGAUGAAGCUUUACUUUCUGAACUAGAAGAUCCUAUACCAGUGGAUGGGAAUACAUUUGAUUUUUUAAAUAUCGACAAUGAUGAGUUUAAGGAUUUUAAAGACUUCAAAGAUCCAGCUAUUCUUCAAUCACCAAGUACAAAUGUCAUAGUAACGCAACAAGCAGUAACAGAUAGUAAUCAACCUGUUGCUUAUAUGCAGCAAGAUAUUACAUCAAUACCGCAAACUAGACCACAGAGAAUAGUGGCUUCAACAACACCUACAGUGUUUAGCUCGCAAUAUGCGAUACCACAAAAUGUAAAUUUUAAUGUUCAAUCUCCAAAUGUUGUAACUUUGGCUCCAGUUGCCCAACAGCGGCAGCUCCUUCUACCAGCUAAAUUGAUAAAAUCAGAGUCUCUUGUGUAUUCUAAAAAUGGACAAACCAUUACAUCGACUCCUGUUCCACAUCAGAUACAUACUCUUGUAAAUACUGCAAAUGGAACAGUGUUAACUACUGGAAUUCCUGUAGUACUGGACACUGACAAAGUACAAAUUAAUCGUCUAAACACAACUACACAUGUGGGCGUACCAAGAGUGAGAGAAGUGAAACGUAGCGCUCACAAUGCUAUCGAGCGACGCUAUAGGACAUCAAUCAAUGAUAAGAUAAUUGAAUUGAAGAAUAUUAUAGUUGGUGUUGACGCCAAAUUAAACAAAUCAGCUAUCUUACGGAAAACUAUCGACUACAUCAGAUAUUUGCAAAACACGAACGCAAAAUUAAAAGCUGAGAAUAUAUCGCUGAAAAUGGCCGCUCAACGACAAAAUCUUCGCGAUCUGUUGGUGUGCGGGGAACUUACGCCUCCGCGUUCAGAUUCGAGCGAACCAUCCCUAUCACCUGCACCUGCACCAAUGUCUCCGCCUUCUCCAUCGUCAGUAAAAGAUGAUUCAGAUGUUCUACAGAAUCUUCAUUCAGUAUCCAAUUCUGGCAUGAGAGAUCACACCCGAUUGACAUUGUGUGGAUUUAUGCUGCUCUUCUUGGCAUUCAAUCCUCUUGGUAUUCUUAUGAACAAUGUUGGAAAAUUCAAUUCUGAUUAUUUAAACACGAGAUUGGACGGACGGACGAUACUCAAUUAUCAAGAUCAACCAGAAUCAGACAAACAACUGUGGAGUAAUGUUAUUAUUUGGUUUAUCAAUCUGAUACUUCUGGCGGGUGGUCUCUGUAGACUGUUGCUGUACGGUGAUCCUGUUUUUCCUACCGGCAGCAAAAUCUUUCUUGAAUUACGUCGUUGGAGACGUCAGGCCGAAUUUAAUAUAUCCAAACAUGAGUACAAUCAGGCAUAUCGAGAUUUACAUCAAUGGUUGCAAUACUUUGGUCGGUCUUUUCCGUUAUCGCGCACAGAAAUUUAUCUCGCGACUAUGUGGCAAAUAGUGAGGCAAAUUCUUCAUAAAUUAUGGCUGGGAAGAUGGAUCACACUGAUCGGCAAGUGGUUCUCUGAGAAAUCGGAACGGGAACAGGCGGAGAUGUCUGUAGAAAUUGCGGUUGUCUAUCAACACAUGCUCUGCCUUCGUCUGUCCGAGGGUACGAAAGAUUCGACACUGUAUCUCGCUUUAUGCGCUGUCAAUUACGCUGAGAUCGCUGGCGAGAGUAUGCCGAAGCCACUACUGGCAGAAAUAUACGUGAACGUCGCGUUAUGUUUGAAACAAUCUCUUUUCCCAUACAUACACAAAUAUUAUCUAGGAAAGGCGCGCGUUUUGCUGUCCUCAUGCGCCGUUCCUCCGAAAUUAAAGUGGAUCAUGACUGACGAAGGUGCGAGAUUCUUGGCAUCCCAAAAGUGGCGAUACAAGAAACAAUCCGAUAGCGAGUUUACAUCACAAAGCAGUCGAGCGGAUCCGCUAUCAUAUGCAGCUCGCGCCUAUAGAAAUCAUCUGAUCGAACAGUGCUUACGUUUAUUGACCGGUACGGUCGGAGAGUGCCACGCAUCCACUGUACUCGAAUUGGGACGAAUCAUCAUGGCUUCUGCAGAAGUGGAUGCCUGUUUCCCAUCUAUUGACAAAAUCAGUGUAGCAACGUGCGAAGAUGAAAUUGGAUUAUGGUGGGGAGCAGUGAUUUGCGCAACCGCGAGUUGGAGAUUAGGAGAGGAAGAUUCGAAGGCAUGGAACAUUGUGGAGAAUAAAUUUCCUUAUGAAAGGAAUUUUCAAAUAAGUGAUGAUAGCAGCAGCAGUCCAUUACCACAUGCUGUAUUCAAUGUUCUACAGGCAGCAAAACAUUCUACAAAGAUGGCUUCCAUGCGUUUCAUUGAUCAGGCAGGAUUACUACUGGAACAGUCUAUGGUGUACUAUCAUUGCAAGGAGCAAUCAUCGCAGCAAGUUUUGCUUACUCAAUUAUGGAUUUGCGACUGGCUUCUCGAAAUACGUACAACACUGUGGCAAGAUUUAAGUCAAGAUGUAGAAUUGGAAAAAUCUGUCGCGAAUAUGUCUCUUGCGGGAUUCCAACGUGACUUGGCAUGCCUGAGACAAUUGUGUCAACACAUCCCAUCUGUAUUGGCACGAGUGUUUCUGUAUGAAGCUACAGCACGCAUUAUGGCUGGAGCGACACCGGUAAAGACUCAGAUUUUGCUGGAUCGAAGUUUGCAUCACAGAAACUCGCGUUCCUCGAUUAUAUGUGGCAAGGAUCGAUCGCAGGAGCAGAACAAUGGCGAGCGGGAGCAUGCCGUUGCGUUAUGUUUAGCAUGCAGACAUCUGCCAACGCUACUGUUAGCUUCGCCGGGAGAACGCGCCGGUAUGCUCGCGGAAGCUGCUAAAACGCUUGAACGAAUAGGGGAUAGAAAACGUCUUCAAGAAUGUUACAAAUUGAUGCGACAAUUAGGCUCAGCGAUUACCGUUAAUACAUCAAUCGCCAGUAAUGUCAAGUUUAAUAAUACACCAUUGGAAGAAGAAAAGGCAAAAGGAAGAAAAAGACGUUACAAUGAGAUUGAAAUUGAAAGAAAACAACUUAUGGAAGAAGAAUAUAAUCGUGAAAUACAUGAACAAAGAUACAAGCGAUUGAUGAAUUUGUUGAACAAAAGUAAAUUUUAUUCUUCUUUUUUAGUAAAUAAAAUUAAAAAAGGAAAAGAUGUUAAGAAGAGAGGAAGGCCUAUUAUUAAUAAUGAAAAUGUACCACCAUCAAAUAAGAAAACAAGUAGACAUGAUAUAGAAAACUACAAUAUACAAGAAUAUAUAUCUCCAGAAAUUAGGAAACAAAUGCAGACUAAAAAAAAGCAAAAAAAUCUAAGUCAAGAAGAUAUAAAAGCAGAACUGAUGUCUACAGAUUCAGAGAUUGAAACAGAAUCAUCUACUAUGCAAAACACUGCUAUUUUACCAAAAUAUUUUUGUGGUGAAUUAUAUGAUUACCAGCAAGCUGGUUUGGAAUGGUUAAAAGUACUUUAUGAGAAUGCUUUAAAUGGGAUUCUAGCUGAUGAAAUGGGGCUUGGAAAAACAGUACAAGUGAUAGCCUUGAUAUGUCAUCUUAUAGAGAAGAAACAAGCGGGACCUUACUUAAUAAUUGCACCUCUUUCUACGAUACCAAAUUGGAUGUUAGAAUUUGAGAGAUUUGCUCCUGACAUACCAGUUGUGUUAUUUUAUGGUACACGAUCUGAAAGAGAGGCUAUACGCAUAAAAAUUAAAGAUAAACACCAUGUUACAGAUGGUUACAAAACACAACCUGUUGUAAUUACUAGCUAUGAAAUACCAUUACAGGAAAAUAGAUUUCUUCAGUCUCAAAAGUGGAGAUAUAUCAUAAUAGAUGAAGGACAGAGAAUAAAAAAUUAUAACUGUAUGCUAGUGAAGACCUUGAAAAUGAUGCAAUCUAUGAAUAGGCUAAUACUGACUGGAACUCCACUUCAGAAUAAUUUAGCCGAAUUAUGGUCCCUUUUAAACUUUUUGUUACCGGAAAUCUUUGAUGAUUUAGCAGUGUUUGAAUCAUGGUUUGAUGUUAAAGAGCUUGAACAGGAAGGCGCCGAAAAAUUUUUGAAACAAGAAGAAGAGAAACAUGUGUUAUCAUCGUUGCGCGAAAUUUUGAAGCCGUUUAUGUUAAGACGAAUAAAAACUGAGGUUCAUUUAGAUAUUCCUCCUAGGAAGGAAUUGAUAGUCUAUGCACCGCUCACGGAAUUACAACACGAACUUUACAAAGCAGUAUUAAAUUAUGAUUUAGAAACAUUGAGCAAAAUUGAAAAACCGGAUCCGAUUAUACAGACUUCAAACGGUGAAAAAUCGAAAAGACGAGCUUUCUUGAGAAGUAAAUACGGAUCCGCCAAAAAAUAUGAAUCUGAUAGUUUCAAAGAUGAAUCAUUACCAAAUACUUCGUUAGAAGAAAUCGAAAGUAGUAAUACAGAUGAGUGGAAAGCAAUGAAACCGAUGGACCAACAAAAUUUGUCAUUAUGGAAACAGUAUACUGAUGUUACAGAGCGUAAUAAGGAUUUUCUUGUCUGUAUUCAAUUUCAAAAUAGAAUACCAAUGUAUAAGAAGAUUGUAAAUCAUCCAUAUCUGGUUCACUGUCCAUUGGAUUCAGUUGGUUUGCCGAAAAUCGACGACGACUUGAUCAAAUCCUCUGGUAAACUUUUAGUGCUGGAUGCUAUGCUAGCGAAACUUAAAGCUCGGGGUCAUAAAGUUCUGCUAUUUUCAACAAUGACUAUGAUUUUGGAUAUGAUUGAAGAUUAUCUCUCAUUACGAAAUUAUAAUUAUGUGAGAUUAGAUGGUAAAAUUAAAAUUGAAGAGAGAAAAGAAAAUAUCAAAACUUUCAAUAAUGAUCCGAACAUGUUUAUGUUCCUUAUAUCUACUAGAGCUGGUGGAGUUGGAUUAAACUUGGCGAGCGCAGAUACUGUUAUUAUAUAUGACAGUGACUGGAAUCCACAAGCGGAUAUACAAGCUAUGGCACGAUGUCAUAGAAUAGGACAAACGAAACCUGUAGUUGUCUAUAGGCUGUGCACUAAAGGAACAGUAGAUGAAACGAUUAUCAAGCGUUCCGAGGCUAAACGUGUUUUAGAAAAAAUAGUUAUUUCAAAAGAAUGGCGUGGGCCAGUUUUUAAUAAAGAUGUUUUAUUAACAUUGAAGCAGUUAAUGGAAUCUAAGGAUUAUAAAGUUGUUACUUCUGAAAAUAAGGUGUUUACAGAACAACAGUUGAACAAACUAUUAGAUAGAAGCGAUAUGAAUUAAUAAACAAGACUUACAUAAAAUUCAGGAAUAAAUCAAGAAUAUACAAUAUAAUUACAAAUUAGAUUGUUAGAUAAGCAAAUGUUUAU